AAGCUUCCCACUUGCAGUGACAUAAGCCGUGCCAUGGGGCUCCAUGAGUGAGCCUUCCGCCAAACGCUCGCGGAAGGAUCCGCAACUCCCCAUCUUCGCCUUUCGCAAGGAGAUUGUGAAUGCGGUCCAGCAGCACAGAGUCGUGGUCCUGGUGGGCGAGACUGGCAGCGGCAAGACAACUCAGGUACCCCGUUUCCUCUAUGAGGCCAACCUGGCGCAGCGCUGCAUCGCAGUGACGCAGCCCCGGCGCAUCGCCGCCAUCAGCGUUGCCAAUCGUGUAGCUUCAGAGAUGCACUGCGAAGUUGGAGGCCUCGUGGGAUAUCACGUGCGUUUUCUGAACAAGACCUCCCACCAAACCAGAAUCAAGUACAUGACCGACGGCAUGUUGGUCAGAGAGUCGGCUGGCACAGGCCGAAGUGGCAUCCGUGGAGCCUCCAUCAUCAUCUUGGAUGAAGCUCACGAGCGGAGCGUUCACACCGACGUGCUGCUGGGCUUGCUGAAGCUGGCUUUGGAAGCAGAUGACCCGCCGCGACUUCGGGUGGUUGUGAUGUCUGCCACGAUUCAAGCAGCGCCCUUUGUGAACUUCUUCGGUGGUAGCGACAAGGUGAAGCUGAUCAAUGUCCCAGGGCGACUGCAUGAUGUGAAGGUCUUCUACACCCCUGUCCCGGAACCGGACUUCUUAGAGGCAGCGCUGCUGACGGUGCUGCAGCUCCAUGUUACUCGACCUCCUGGAGAUGUCUUGGUAUUCCUGCCGGGUCAGGAAGACAUCGACAGCUUGCAGAGACUCCUAGAAGAGAAGCAGGAGACGCUGGUCAAGGAGAGGCAAGAGCACCCCAGCAAGAGUGUGGUGGAGGACCUGAGUCAAGGUGUGACCGGACAGUGGCCCAGCUUUGGCACGGUGCAGAAUCUUUUGGUUCGACCAAUCUAUGCUGCGCUACCAUUCGACCAGCAGGAGCUGGUUUUUGCCGAGACGCCUCCCGGGUGCAGGAAGAUUGUGCUGGCGACGAACAUCGCAGAGACGUCCAUCACCAUCCCAGGGAUCAGAUAUGUGAUUGAUACCGGGCUGAUGAAACUGAAGAUGUGCCACCCCGAGACCGGCAUCGAGAUGCUGAGGACGGUGGAAACAUCGCAAGCAUCUGCUUUGCAGCGGGCUGGACGUGCAGGUCGCGAGGCUGCGGGUGAGGUCUUCCGCCUCUAUGUGGAGUCGGAAUACCAGAAGAUGCCGGCUCAGACGCCUGCAGAGAUCCUUCGGUGUGAAAUGGCGUCCAUCUACAUCGAUCUCAAGGCGCUGGGCAUUCCGAAGGUGAGCACCUUUCCAUUGGUGGACAAGCCUCCCAGAGAGUUGCUGGAGAAAGCCGCGCACUUCUUGUCCCGGAUUGGCGCUUUGGAUGCAAAGGAUGAAUUGACCGACUUGGGCAAGAAGUUGGCCCGGAUGCCGAUCCACCCCUUGUACGCAUAUUGCCUCCACGUGUCCUUUGAGUUCGAAUGCACAGCGGAGAUUCUUAGCAUCGUGGCAAUGCUCUCGGCAGAUGCACAGAUCUUCACAGCUUCCAGGAAGCAACGUGAAAAAGGCCAAAGUUUGCCCUACCAUCAGGAGGAGGGAGACCACCUCUGCUUAUUGUCUGCAUUCAGUCAAUGGAAGAAGCAGCCGAAUCCAAAGGCCUUUGCGGCGCAGAACUCGCUGAACCAUUCCGCGCUGGAGAAGACCGUGACGAUUCGCAACCAACUGAAGGAGGUCCUAAAGGAAGCUUGGGGCGCGGAUCAGAUUUCAAGCUGCGGGGGGCCGAAGAAUUGGGCGACAGUACGGAGGUGCCUCCUAAAGGGCCUCUUUACACAGACAGCGCGGCGGGAUGACGUCAAUCAGAAUUCGUACCGCACAUUUCUCUCCAGACAGGAAGCAAAGCUGCACCCUUCAAGUGUGCUGCAUCGGCGCACACCACAACCGCCUUGCGUCAUCUACUCCGACUUGGUGAUCACCAGCAAGAGCUACUUGCGGAUAGUUACGGAGGUGGAUCCCGCCUGGCUGCCGGAACUCUGCCCGCGCUACUUCCGCUCACAGUGAGCGGGACAUGCGUGAAAGCAGGAAGGUUGCAGCUGAAGGGUUCACAUUUGCAUCG